AUGGCUAUCGAAUGCACUGAUUCUCCCCUCUCCGGCCUAUGGAGGCCCCAGGACCAUCUCAAGCACCUGCACUACGGUUCCGGGUGCGUCGAGAGACACCUCUUGGGCGUGAUCCCAUCCCCUAGCUCCAAGGUCUUCAUCAUCACUGGCAGCUCCAUCGCCACCAAGACUCCCACUAUCCGCAACCUGGAGGAGCUUCUCGGUGACCUCCACGCCGGGACCUAUUCGGACAUCAAGCAGCACGGCCAGGCCGAGGGAGUAGACGAGGCUACCCGGCUGGUCAACGAAGACGACAAGAUCGACACGGUGGUGUCCGUUGGAGGCGGCUCGCCCAUUGACUCGACCAAGAUGGUCUGCUUCCGCAUACACGAAUCCACGGGGAGGACCCUCACGCACAUUGCUAUCCCCACGACGCUCAGCGCUGCCGAGUGCACAGCCGGGGGAGGUUUCACACGCUCUGACGGCACCAAGCUUGGCUUCAUGCACCCUUCCAUGGGUGUGGGCGCCAUAUUCUACGACGCCUCGUUUGCUCGAUACACGCCCAAGCGCCUCUGGCUCUCGACGGGUAUGCGGGCGGUAGAUCACGCAGUCGAGACUGUGUAUCAUCCAAACGCCUCCGAGGUGCCGUGGAAGGCCCUGGCUCAGUGGGCUCUGGGUGUUCUAGUCGAGUGUCUUCCGGCAGCAGAUAAGAUUCAUGGCUCUGAUUCUGCCGACGACAUCACUACCAAGCUACAGCUCGCUGCUUUUGCCAGUUCUGGCCUUCGUGGUUCCAACUUUAGAGGCGGAAUGGGCCUAUCACACGCCCUAGGCCACGCUCUUGGAAGUCCUUAUGGAAUCCCUCGUAAGUUUACCAUCUCUUACUAUCACACGCCCCGUCUUACUUUCAUCCCCUUGGAGAGACGGGCGAACAAGGCUGAACCCUCCUCUCCUGAGACACCUUUGACACACGUCCAAUCGGAUCUGCAGACGGCGUGCAACAAUAAGCCCAAGACAAAAAAGAUACCGGCAAAUGAAUUUCUGCUGACCAACGAGUCUCUAGACGGUGAAACCAGCUGUCUGACGCUGGGUCCGGUCCUCCGCCACAAGGCAGAGACGGACGAGGCGGCCGCCCAGCAGAUCGCCCGUCUGCUUCCAGCCUUGGGAGGAAAUCGCCGAGGAGGAGAUGCUCGUGGCGAAGCUAUUGAAGUGGCACAGCGUGUGGUGGCCCUGGUGAGGGAGUUGGGGCUCGAGCAGCCGUCCCUCUCAGCACGUGGAGUUGGUCGUGAGCAGGUUGCUGUUAUCGCCAGGAGAGCAUCUGGAGGGGAACCAAGCAAGGAGAUUCUCGCAUUGGUUGAGAGUUUGUUCUAG